CGUGGUGCGGCAACUACUGAGCCGAACUCCGAAGAACUUAUGAAAUCGUAAUGCAGCAUACUUGCUGGCUUUGUUUUGCGCGCACUCAUCAAAAUCUCCUCUCACGUUUACGGAAACGUGAUAUCAAUGCCCGGUAAUUUAAAGCUUUUUGCCAGUUAUGGAAAAUCAGGUUUUUGGAAUUUUCGGACACCAUUCCAUUUUCGGCAAUCUGCCUGUGCUAUGUGGCAAAUCGCGAUUAUUUUCCCGGUUUUCUCAGCGGUUAUGUCCGCACGAAGCAGCCAUGAUGAUAUUAUCAAAUACGUUAAGAACUUGCCGGCUAGUACUUGGAAAGCCGGACCGUCCAGCCUAACGAAGUACGACAUGGCCACAUUGGCCAAAAUGUCCGGCACCCAAAGGCGGUCGCUCCAGGAAAUUAAUAGACAGCCCAGCAAAACGCCCAGCAAAGAAUCGACGCUGUCACGGCUAAGUCUGCCGCCGUCGUUCGACGCGCGGCUUAAUUGGCCCAACUGCAAAAGCAUCCAGGAGAUUCGCAGUCAAGGCGCGUGCGGGUCAUGCUGGGCGCAUGCCGGUGUGUCCGUGCUAUCGGACCGCAUCUGCAUCGCAUCGGCUGGACAAAACGUUUACACGAAGCUCGCUGUGCAGGACCCGUUGGUGUGUAGUGGAGGGAACAGCAGUUUGUGUAAAGGGGGCUACGUGGACGUUCCAUACACCAUGUUCAUUAACAAGGGCCUCGUCACUGGUGGCGAUUACGGCAGCAACCAGGGCUGUAUGCCGUACCAGGCUUUCACCGCCACUGAGGCGGCCGCUACCACUUCCGCCAACUGCAACAGCUCCUGCUGGAACCCCGGGUUCACUAGAACGUACGCUCAAGAUAAAUUUUUUGGACUCUUAUUACGGUAUGGGCAACCUGUUCACCAGCGGUCCCACCGGUGGCGCUGCGACAUCCGUGAAAACGAAUCCGUCGUUAAGCAGAUCCAGUUUGAGCUCAUGUCCAACGGGCCUAUGACGACGGUCAUUCAAGUGUAUCAAGAUUUGUACUCCUACCAAUCGGGUGUGUACCAACACGUCACCGGCAACUUGGUAGGUGGGCAUGCGGUCAGAUUGAUUGGCUGGGGCACAGAGAACGGCGUAGAUUACUGGCUGGUGGCCAAUUCCUGGGGGACUGGUUGGGGGAUUGGAGGGUUCUUCAAGUUCCUCCGGGGAAGUAAUCAUUUGGGAAUCGAGGAUUAUUUAAUGACGGGAACCGCGCGGCAGACCACGACCACUUCCGGACCGUCGACCCCUACUAGUACGACGACGACAACAACAACAACAACGACAACAACAACAACGACGCCGUUCACAACGCCCGGGAAAGCCGGUCGCCCAGCUGGUUAUGACCGUUGUGACGCGCUGUUCUGCUUCGACAAAGCCGGUGGCAACUACCAACUGAGUCCGUGCAGCAAGAAUUACUGCAACUGCCAGAACAAAGUGCCCACGUGGCAGCGCUGCGAUGUCGGUCAGUAUUUCGACAAAUCCACGCUGUCGUGCAAAGCCCCCAACGAAAACUUCUGCGUGCCGAAGGCCCCCGCGCCUCUUAGCAACACGUCCUGGCCGUCGCCCCCUCCAGCCAUCUUCGCCAAAGCGUGCAACCUGGCCAACUGCCAGGGACGGGGCGGGGCGUACACGUGGUACGGACUGGGGCUGUGCCAGCCGUAUUGGUGCUACUGCUGGUCCAACAUCAACCCCCCGCAGCAGGCCGUGCAGACCUGUCCGCCCGGGAUGUGGUUCGAUUUCCGCACGGAAAAGGCGCAAUGUGCACCGCCCAGUGAUUUUGUCUGGUGCUAA